UGUAUCAGAAUGUUAAUGAUUAGCUGCUGCUAAAUUUGGUCAAAGAAGUCACCUACACAGAGCGUGUUGUUAGAGCUGUUCUGAGCGGGUGUUUGGGCUGUUGGCUGCUUUCUUCCCCCUCUCUCACACACUUGUAUAUUAUUUUGAGGUGGUGUUCGCAGAGUUUGAAAGGAGAGAGAAUUAAAAAAAAAAAGCCGCAAGCGUUUCACUCUCUUUUAUUUUUAUAAUCCCCUUCAAUUUGGGGUUAAAAAAAAAAAGACAAGAAAACAGGAAGGAAGAAAAAUAAGGAAAUGAGAUGUGGUAAAAGAAGCUAAAAGGUGCCUUUUAAAAGAUCGUUGCUGUGAAGUGAAAAAAUCUCCAGAGAAACCAAAAAGCACCGCCGAGACCUCUUCCGAACCAAAGGAGUUUGUGUUUGCUUUUAGGAAAGAAGAGAGAGAUCAUUCAUUCGGAGGAAUAACAGCCAAUUAAAAGACAAAUAAAAAAAAGUUUGGAGUGGGACGAGCGAGCGGGCGGGCGGCGCUGCCGGCGGGCGCUGGUGCGCGGAGCUCGCACUUUCCCGGCCCGGGGGAGCGGCGCGGCCGCGGCGCCGGGCUCGGCGGGCGCGCCUCGGCGGAGCGAACGUCGGAGCGUUGCCGCGGGAGACGCGCGCCGGACAAUGCCCGCGGCGGGCCAGUGACGCCCGCGAGGAAUGCCGAGCGGCCCGGCCGCCCGCACCCAGCCGCCGCCACCGCCGCAGCGCGUUCCUGCCGCCCGCGUCACGCGAGACCCGGCGGGGGCCGGGACCGCCCGAGCCGCCCCUCGGACCUGGCCGGCCGCCUCCGCCGCCGCCUCCUCCUCCUCCUCCUUCUCGGGGCCAUUAAAGCCAAUGAGCCGCGCGCCUCUGCCCAGCGCAGCCAACUAAAUCGGUUUGGAUGAUUCGCGAUCUGAGCAAGAUGUACCCGCAGACCAGACACCCGGCACCGCAUCAGCCUGCUCAACCCUUUAAAUUUACAAUUUCCGAGUCCUGUGAUCGGAUUAAGGAAGAGUUUCAGUUUUUACAGGCUCAAUACCACAGCCUGAAGCUGGAAUGUGAGAAACUGGCCAGUGAGAAGACCGAGAUGCAGCGGCAUUAUGUCAUGUAUUAUGAGAUGUCCUAUGGGUUGAAUAUAGAAAUGCACAAGCAGGCAGAGAUUGUCAAGAGGCUGAAUGCUAUCUGUGCACAAGUCAUUCCCUUCCUGUCCCAAGAGCACCAGCAACAAGUGGUGCAGGCUGUGGAACGGGCCAAGCAGGUGACCAUGGCCGAACUGAACGCCAUCAUUGGGCAGCAACAACUCCAGGCCCAGCAUUUGUCACAUGGACAUGGUCUGCCGGUGCCUCUGACCCCACACCCUUCCGGCCUUCAGCCCCCUGCCAUUCCUCCCAUUGGGAGCAGCGCUGGCCUCCUGGCCCUCUCCAGUGCCCUGGGAGGCCAGUCCCACCUUCCAAUUAAAGAUGAGAAGAAGCACCAUGACAAUGAUCACCAAAGAGACAGAGACUCCAUCAAGAGUUCUUCAGUAUCCCCAUCAGCCAGUUUCCGAGGUGCCGAGAAGCACAGAAACUCCACUGACUACUCCUCUGAUAGCAAAAAGCAGAAAACUGAAGAAAAGGAAAUCGCAGCUCGUUAUGACAGCGACGCUGAGAAGAGCGACGACAACUUGGUGGUCGACGUUUCCAAUGAGGAUCCAUCUUCCCCUCGAGGGAGCCCAGCACAUUCCCCGAGGGAGAAUGGUCUGGACAAGACGCGCCUGCUCAAGAAAGAUGCCCCCAUCAGUCCAGCGUCUAUCGCAUCCUCCAGCAGCACUCCUUCCUCCAAAUCCAAAGAGCUUAGCCUUAAUGAAAAAUCUACCACUCCUGUUUCAAAAUCCAAUACCCCUACUCCACGAACCGAUGCACCCACACCAGGCAGUAACUCCACUCCCGGAUUGAGGCCUGUGCCUGGAAAACCACCAGGAGUCGACCCCCUGGCCUCAAGCCUAAGGACCCCGAUGGCAGUCCCUUGUCCAUACCCAACCCCGUUUGGGAUCGUGCCCCACGCUGGGAUGAAUGGGGAGCUGACCAGCCCAGGCGCCGCCUACGCUGGGCUGCACAACAUUUCUCCACAGAUGAGCGCGGCGGCCGCUGCUGCCGCCGCCGCCGCCGCCUACGGGAGAUCCCCAGUGGUUGGGUUUGACCCACACCAUCACAUGCGCGUGCCAGCAAUACCUCCAAACCUGACCGGCAUUCCGGGAGGAAAACCAGCAUACUCCUUCCACGUCACCGCGGACGGUCAGAUGCAGCCCGUCCCUUUCCCCCCCGACGCCCUCAUCGGACCCGGCAUCCCCCGCCACGCGCGCCAGAUCAACACCCUGAACCACGGGGAGGUGGUGUGCGCGGUGACCAUCAGCAACCCCACGAGACACGUGUACACGGGCGGGAAGGGCUGCGUCAAGGUCUGGGACAUCAGCCACCCCGGCAACAAGAGCCCCGUGUCUCAGCUCGACUGUCUGAACAGGGAUAACUACAUCCGUUCCUGCCGAUUGCUCCCUGACGGUCGCACCCUCAUCGUGGGAGGGGAAGCCAGCACUCUGUCCAUCUGGGACCUGGCGGCUCCGACCCCGCGCAUCAAGGCGGAGCUGACGUCCUCGGCCCCUGCGUGCUACGCCCUGGCCAUCAGCCCCGACUCCAAGGUCUGCUUCUCGUGCUGCAGUGACGGCAACAUCGCGGUCUGGGACCUGCACAACCAGACGCUGGUGAGGCAAUUCCAGGGCCACACAGAUGGGGCCAGCUGUAUUGACAUUUCUAAUGAUGGCACCAAGCUCUGGACGGGCGGCCUGGACAACACGGUCAGGUCCUGGGACCUGCGCGAAGGGCGGCAGCUACAGCAGCAUGACUUCACCUCACAGAUCUUUUCUCUCGGCUACUGCCCAACUGGAGAGUGGCUCGCAGUGGGGAUGGAGAACAGUAACGUGGAAGUGCUACAUGUCACCAAGCCAGACAAAUACCAGCUACAUCUCCAUGAGAGCUGUGUGCUGUCGCUCAAGUUUGCCCAUUGUGGCAAAUGGUUUGUAAGCACUGGAAAGGACAACCUUCUGAAUGCCUGGAGAACACCUUAUGGAGCCAGUAUAUUCCAGUCCAAAGAAUCCUCAUCGGUGCUUAGCUGUGACAUCUCUGUGGAUGACAAAUACAUUGUCACUGGCUCUGGGGACAAGAAGGCCACGGUUUAUGAAGUUAUUUAUUAAGGACAAAUCUUCAUGCGAACUGGACCCCUUCUCCCUGUAGCACUUUGUUCUGUCCUCCUCUUCCCCUGCAUCUAAAACCAAGGAUUCCACACGCUGGCUGCAGCUGUGGGGUUUGAUCCCGCCUCUUACCCCUACUUCCUCCUCGCUGUUGAAUUGUGAAUACCCAUUAAGAACCUGUGAUACCAAAUCUUCAGCUCUCUACUCGGAAGAACAUGGAAGAACCAUACUUAACCGUGACGGAAUCUUGAAUUAUGUAUUAUAUCUGUAAUAUAUUUAUUUUGUUUAAAGAAGGCUUUCUAACUUUGACUGAAUAAAGCUGUCUGCUCCUGCAUUGAUAAUGAAGAUGCGUUGUAUUUGAUACCCCUCCCCUCCUUUUUUUGGCAAAGGAGGGGAAAGGAAGGUUUAAAAUAAUUGAUUAAAAAUGUCACUAAGUGUAGACUAAGGACUGUAUAGAGACGUGAAAUGUAUAAUUACAUAUGGAAGCAAUAUGUUGCUGUGUUGUUAGAUUUUUGUUUUUGUUUUUGUUUUCUACUUUAAAUGUUUGGAAAUUUGAACGAUUAGAACCUGACAGGCCACGUCGUAUUCAUUUGAGUCUAUUUGGACAACUUUAACAAAUAUAUCUAUAGCUUUAGAUUCUAUUUGAUAAAAGUAAUUGGACUUCUCCUUUUUCUUUUUUGACUCGUUGACAAGUGUCUUUGUAAUAAGUUUUUAAUUCCUUUUUUUAUUGUAUUAUAGACAGAUGAACAAAUUAAAUCUGGCCUAAAGAGAGAACUUAAUCCCUUCCGGAUAUUUUUGCCACGUUUCUUUGCAAAGGGAGAUGUAUACCUUUGGGCAAUUUUGUCAUUAACGAGAAAUUAUGGGCUAUUUUUUGGCAUGUUCUUCGGGAACUGCACAGACUCAGGGGAGGAUUCCUCCUGCUGUGCAAGGCAAGUCUUUUACAAAACGAGGACAGCAGAGGAGAUUUGCAAGGACCUCCCUCUGAAAACCAGAAAGAAUGGACUCUCACCUGGGAGGAGGACUUGCUUUCUUUACCUCCGGUUCUUUCCCUGUCUUAGUUGGAUGUCCCCGAAACGGACGCGGGCUGUGCCAUUGUGCCAGAAACAUUGUGUUAUCUUUUAUGUUGUUGUUGUUGCUGUUCAACUAUGAUAUGUGACUCCUUUUUUUUUUUAUUAUUAUUUUUUGUUUGAAUGCUUUAAAAAUCUUUUAAGUCUGUGGAUCUGCUGAUGUACAGUGCCUUUGCUGCUAUGGAUCAAAAUCAAGAGAACCGUGUAGAUAAACUUUAUUGUACAAGUAGAAAAUUACUUAAUUUCAUACUAGAAAUGGAUGGAUGCUGCAAGUUGAAAUGGACUGUCCAUUGACGUUCCUAAUGUGGUAGCAGAAAAAAAAAUGGUGUCUUAAGUGCUUAGUGUUUGAUGUCAUUAACAGUUUCGUAAAACUCUACAGUGUAGAAAGAUUUUGAUACUAAACUGUGCAUUGUACAUAGUUCUAAUGCAUCGUAUUGACCACCAGUACUUCUAUAACGGUAGAUUGUUUGUGCAUUCAGACUUUUAAGCAUUAAACAUAAAAUAACUUCUAGGA